GUCAUCACUCCCUGGUGUGUCUAUAACGGUCUGUUUCUCCGGUUUUUAUCAGAAAUCUUUUCCUCCCGGUUCUCUCCGUGAUGGAGGCUCGUGCCCGCCUCCUCGCGCUCGCGCUGCUGUAUUGUGUUCCCGCGCCGGGGUCCUCGCGCAGAGAUGUACUCGAGCUCAGUGACGCGGACUUCGACUACCUGUCCGCGGAGCACGAGACCCUGCUGGUGACGUUCUACGCUCCAUGGUGUGGUCACUGUAAGAAGUUAGCUCCAGAUUUUGAGAAGGCAGCGACUAGACUGAAGGGAACCGUGCAGCUGGCGAAGGUGGACUGCACAGCUAACCUGGAGGUGUGUGGGCGGUUCGGGGUGUCGGGUUACCCCACGCUGAAGAUCUUUAGGAAUGGGAGAGACUCCGGCCCCUACGACGGACCCCGCUCUGCAGAUGGGAUCUAUCAGCACAUGAAGAAGCAGACGGGUCCGGACUCUGUUCUCCUGCAGACUGAAGACGAGCUGCAGACCUUCAUCAAACACUACGACGCCAGUGUGGUCGGUGUGUUCUCAGGUGCAGACAGCUCUCACCUGGCUGAGUUCCUGAGAGCUGCAGGUCUGCUGAGAGAACAGUUCAGGUUCGCUCACUCUGUAGACCUGGAGCUGGGGGGGAAGUAUGGAGUCACCUCAGAGAGCGUGCUGUUGUUCAGACCCCCCCGAAUGGACAACAAGUUUGAGGACAGCGUGAUUGUCUUCAGAGAAUACCUGACCAUCGGGUCCCUGAGACGCUUCAUCGGAGACAACAUUCACGGUGUGUGUCCUCAACUGACGAUGGAGAACAGAGACCGUCUGAGAGUCCGGGACCUGCUGACAGCGCACUACGACCUGGACUACCACCACAACCCUAGGGGGUCCAACUACUGGAGGAACAGGGUGAUGAAGAUGGCGUCAAAGUUUUCUGGGCGGGGCCUGUUUUUCUCAGUAGCCAAUAAGAAGGACUUCCUGUCUGAGCUGGAGGAGGACUUCGGCCUGGGAACAUCUGACGGAGGAGAACUGCCCUUCGUCACGAUCCGGACCAAACUGGGCCACAAGUACACCAUGAGGGAGGAGUUCACGAGGGACGGGCAGUCCUUGGAGAGGUUUCUGAACGAUUACUUCGCAGGUCGUUUGAAGCGUUUCAUAAAGUCUGAACCGAUCCCUGAGAGGAACUCUGCUGCAGUCAAGACGGUGGUGGCGGAGAAUUUUGACGAUCUGGUCAACAGCCCGGAGAGGGACGUUCUGAUCCAGUUCUACUCUCGAUCCUGUUCUCACUGUAAGAAGCUGGAGCCGGUGUACACAGAGCUGGCUGAGACGCUGUCCUCUAAUCCCAACAUCGUGAUCGCCCGGAUGAACGCCGGCGACAACGACGUCCCCAACGGAUAUGACGUGCAGGGGUAUCCCACCAUCUACCUGGCCCGGGCCGGCAGGAAGGACGAGCCAAUCAGAUACGAGGGGGGGCGGGAGCUCAGAGACUUCCUGAAGUUCCUGAAGAGCGAAUCGACUCAUCGGCUGAGAGUCGGGGGGGCGAAGGUCGAGCUCUGACACGCCUCCAUCGUCCAAUCAGAAGAGACUACAGCCCAUACUCUGACAUGCCUCCAUCAUCCAAUCAGAAGAGACUACACCCCGUCUCCAUGACAACGGACCGAGAGAGACUUCUAAAUUAUGUUUUAUUUAUUUAUUGAGAUGUGCAUGUGAAAUGGGGCGUGGUCACUUUGCAGGUUUUUGGGGUUCUUUGGAGGACGUUGAAAGGCAUUCUGGGAAACGUAGUGAAUGAUAUUUGAGAUUGAAACAUGUCUUUUUGUACGCAUGAGUCCUUUCAUUUGGGUCUUUUCAAAAGAGAAACACCCCCCCCCCCCCAUGUCAAUUAAAUGAGUGAUAUAUUUGAUAUUUUUUUCAUUAGUUCAGUUUUUAAGACUUCAUUAUUUCAACUUUGACUUUUCUUUUUUAUAUUUCCUCAUUUUUUAUUUAUUUUUUAUUUAUUUUUUUUACAGAUUUAUUCAUUGUAAUUUAACUUCCUGUCACUACUUCACUGUUAAUGAUGUUUAUUUAAUGCUGACCUCUUUAUUGAUUUCUACAAAUCUUUUAUUUAAACUUCAUGUUUUUGUAUUUUGUGAAAAAUCUGAGCCUUAUUUUAGGAAUAUUUAAUAAAACGGACUGAAAUAACCCGGAGUC